GGGUUGUUGUAGGGACGGUUGUAAACGCUGCUCUAAUAUUAAUCAUGCUGGAGCCGGCGGCUGAGGAGAGCGGCGCUCGGGAUGGAUCCGCUCCCCGCCGUCCUUGUUGAACCUCACACGCGCUGAGGCGAAGAUGGCAGAGAGAUUUCCAGCAGUUGCGGUUUUUGAUUUUCAAAAAAAAAAAGAAAAACUGAGCCCAAAUAAUGACUGGCAGAAAUGGGCAGUUCUGAUAUAGAUGAAAAGAAAGACCGAGUUGCCUAAAGUUGCAGAAAUCGAUAUUGAAGCCCUGAAGGUUGCAACCUGCCGAGAGAGGAGAUGAGGUCUUACGACAUGCAACUUGAAAGUGAGACAGAAAGUGCUACCACAUGGCUGGAAUGGGUGGAGAUUAUUGAGCCUCGCACUAGAGAGCGCAUGUACGCGAACCUCAUCACAGGAGAAUGCGUCUGGGAUCCUCCUUCUGGUGUCCGGAUAAAGCGGACCAACGAGAAUCAGUGGUGGGAACUCUUCGAUCCCAACACGUCUCGGUUUUACUAUUACAAUGCCACGACACAGAGGACAGUCUGGCACCGGCCGCAGAACUGCGACAUCAUUCCGCUGGCCAAAUUGCAGACGUUGAAACAGAACACGGACUCACCCAGCCGGGCUUCUGCGGACAACAGCCCCGGCCGCAGUAGCAACAUCAGCAGGGAAGGGAGCACCAGCUCCUCGCUGGAACAGGAGCUGGAGGCCGACAGGACUCAAGAACAAACACGGCCAAAGCCAGCCCAGCAGAUCAUCGGGAAGGAGGAAGUGGAAAGGACGUCUCCUCACCGCUGGAUGAGCGGCACCAAGGAACGCAUGUUGAUCAAGGUGACGGACCGGGAGCCCAGCUACCUGCUGCACCAGGGCAACGGCACCAUGGAGAGCCAGCCGGGAACAAGGCCGCGCCGGCCCUCGGGGCACCAGCUGCCCCACGCCCACAGCUUCGCCUCCGACAGCGAUCCCCAGGUCUUCUUCACCGAGCGCAAGGCCUCCCCGUACCUGAAGAGAGCCGAGCACAUCGGAGGCUGCUCCCCGGUGCUGGCCCGGGGCGAGCCCUACCACUCACCCAUCCACUACCAGCACCGCAAGUACUCCUUCGAGUCGCAGCCCUCGUCCCCCCGCUACGGCUACGAGCCCCCCCUGUACGAGGAGCCGCCCGUGGAGUACCAGGCCCCCAUCUACGACGAGCCGCCCAUGGAGGUGCACUGCGAGGGGGUGGUCUACAAGGCUGCGGGCUCGCCGCAGAUGUCCCCCGUCCGCAAGCCCCACCCCAUGCUCCACUCCCCCAAGCAGGGCCAGAACUCCCCCUACCAGCACCUGGUGCUGACCAAGCAGAAGUGCUCGGACAAGUCGAUGAGCCUGGAGUACAGCCCGGCCGGCAAGGAGCUGGUGAAGCAGCUGGUGUACGUGGAGCAGUCGGGCUCCAGUCCCAAGUACAAGACCAGCACCAAGCACCGCUACUCGCCCGGUGCCAGCUCCACCAUCUCCUACACCCUGCAGCACAGCCCCUCCUCGCUGGUCCGCGACUUCCACCGCUCCGCCGAGUCCAGGUCGGCCGACUACAACGGGCUGGAGGAGGCCGAGGCCAGGUUUGCCCAGCAGGGGGGCCAGCCCGCCCACGAGGAUUCCAUGUCGUGGUCCAGCCAGCACGACUCGCUCUCCUCCAUGGGCCACUCGCCCAGCACCAGGAAGAGGAAAAGCAGGAAGCCCUCGCUGACUCUGGAGGUGUGCGGGGCGGUGGGGGAGAGCUGCGGGGAGCCGCCCCCCGCCCCGGCCUCCGAGCGGCUGGCGUCGGCCGAGGAGGAGGAGGAGAGGCCGCAGCCGGAGGCGGCGGAGGGGGAGAGCCCGCGGGGAUACCCGGAGCUGCAGGCCCGGCUGGCCAGGGAGGUGCAGCAGCUGCACCACAUCAAGCAGCGCAGCAGCUGGGACUCGCAGAAGGAGGUGUCGGGCUACGAGAGCGACGGGGCGCUGCCCCUGCCCAUGCCCGGCCCCGUGGUGAGGGCCUUCAGCGAGGACGAGGCGCUGGCACAGCACGACAACAAGCACUGGAAGAGGAACACCUUCGAGAAGCUGGGCUUUCCACAGGUGCUGCUGGAGAAAAGCGUCUCGGUGCAGACCAACCUGGCCUCACCCGAGCCCUACCUACACCCCUCACAGUCGGAGGACCUGGGCACGUGCAGCCAGUACGAUGUAGGAAGGCAGAGCCGGAGCAUGAUGCCCAGCGCCAGCUGUGUCUUCCCCGGCUUCAUGCUGAGGAAGCCCUCGUCGGAGACGGACAUCGAGAACUGGGCCUCCAAGCACUUCAACAAGCACACGCAGGGCAUCUUCCGCCGCAAGGUGUCCAUCGCCAACAUGCUGGCCUGGAGCAGCGAGUCCAUCAAGAAGCCCAUGAUCAUGACCGCCGAUCGCAGCGUGAAGAAGGAGGCGUGCGAGGUCUUCAAGCUCAUCCAGAUGUACAUGGGGGACCGGCGGACCAAGGCCGAUCAGCUCAACGUGGCCCUGGAGAUCGCCACCAAGGGCUGGAGCAUGCAGGGCCUGAGGGACGAGCUCUACAUCCAGCUGUGCCGGCAGACCACGGAAAACUUUCGAUACGAGAGCCUGGCCCGCGGCUGGGAACUGAUGGCCAUCUGCCUGGCCUUCUUCCCCCCCACCCCCAAGUUCCACUCCUACCUGGAAGGCUACAUCUACAGGCACAUGGACCCCCUCAAUGACGCUAAAGUGGCACGGCACAUUACAGAACUCCAGGAAAGGAGAGAUAAGAAGAGAGUGAGGUUGCGAAAGAGAUCAAAGCCGUGUAUUUCCGAUGCCGAUGGUGUUGCGAUUAGCACAUAUGCCAAGUACUGCUACCGCAAACUGCAAAAAUCAGCUCUGACUGGAGCAAAGAAGGGUCUCCGGAAGCCCAGUGCGGAGGAGCUUCGACACGCCACCAACGCUGUCUUCUGCCCGUCCAUGUUUGGCAGCUCCCUGGAGGAGAUCAUGAACAUGCAGAGCGACCACCACCCGGACAGGCAGCUGCCCUGGGUGCAGGCCAUGCUCUCCGAGGAGGUGCUGAAGCUCAACGGAGCGCAGACCGAAGGCAUCUUCAGAGUCCCCGGAGACAUCGAUGAAGUCAACGCCCUGAAGCUACAAGUGGAUCAGUGGGUCAUCCCACAGGGACUGACAGACCCGCACGUUCCAGCCUCGUUGUUGAAGCUGUGGUACCGUGAACUGGAGGACCCGCUCAUCCCGCACGAGUUCUACGAGCAGUCCAUCACUCACUACGAAAACCCAGAGGCAGCCAUCGCCGUCGUUCACUCCCUGCCCAAACUCAACCGGCUGGUCCUCGGCUACCUCAUCCGCUUCCUGCAGGUGUUUGCCCAGCCGGCCAAUGUCUCCGUCACCAAGAUGGACGGCAACAACCUGGCCAUGGUCAUGGCCCCCAACUGCCUGCGCUGCCAAUCCAACAACCCCAGGAUCAUAUUCGAGAACACACGGAAAGAAAUGUCCUUCCUGCGAGUGCUGAUCCAGCACCUGGACACCAGCUUCAUGGAGGACGUGCUAUAGCCGGCCCAGAGGCCCAGAGGAGAGGAGAGGCCUAACGUGAGAGGAGAGGCCUAAUACACUACCAUGACGAUAAGCCUUGUACAAAAAACAAAACGUGUCUGCAUUUGUUUAUACCGAAUUGAGGUCUUCUUGCCAGUCCCUUACUGGUUGGUGUUGUCUAAAUUAUUUUAAAAAAGGGGGGGGAAAA